UCGAAAGAUAUGGCAUGAAACUCAAGUUGUUCCUGAGAAAAAAAAACAAAGGGGGGUCGAGUUCGAUCUGAGGUUUUAACGGAAGAACAUACGUUGUUUGUCAUAAAAACGUGUCGAUAGUUUUACACCAAUAACCUUUGAACAGAUGAAGGAAAAGCUUAUCGAACAAUAUCCUUGUAUUUCUAUUUCGAAAAGCCAGUUUUAUCGCCAUGUCGAAGAGCAAUGCGUAUUAAGCAUAAAGAAACUAGAAAAACUUACUGAAUAUCGAAAUUCGGAUGAGAACCUCUUGAAAAGAAAAACCUGCUGUUGAAUCAUGGUUAUCUAAUAAUGAAAUGGGUUUUGAAAAGAAUUGUGUGUUUUCAUAGAUGAGGCUGGUUUUAAUUUAUAUAUCACUUAUACAAGAGGUUGGUCAAAAGCAGGCGAACCAGCAAAAACUGUAGUUCCAAAGAACAAGGGAACUACAAUCACUAUUCUUGGCGCUAUUUCGAACCAAGGUGAUAUUGAUAUUAAUUUCUCUGAGAAAACCUGUUAUUGUCGCUGGAAUUAAGAAGAGAAAAAGCAAAUGGGAAAAUAGUAGCUACAACAGCAAAAAUAGGCAUGAGAGCCGAACAUUUUUUUUAACUAUUUGAGU